GACCAUCAUGGGCCCCCACGGCAUCAGCAGAGCUGUCCACAGGCUGGAGUUCUCCGACUGUAGGAAGGGACUGGGAGUCAAAGUGAUCGGAGGUUACAGAGAGCCGACCGGGGAAGACUUUGGGAUCUUCAUCAAGAGGGUGAUCCCUGGAGGCCUGGCUGCUCUGGACGGUCGUUUGAAGUCUGGGGACCUGAUUUUGGAUGUUAAUAACUUCAGUCUGGUUGGCGUGACCAAUGAGAGGGCGGUGGAGAUCUUGAGAACAGCUUCGCUCUCUAAUCACAUGUCUCUGCUGAUCGCCAGAGACGACGAGUCCAG